AUGUCUUGGCAAAGGGUCUUCCUCGCUGUGGGAUUAUUCGGUGUUCUUCUAUUGCUGACGAAUGCAGACAACAGCGUGCACAUCCUGUCAAAGUACCAAUUGAUCACUUCGACCACCCUGAACUGGCUGCCCCGCACCCAUUAUGAUCGCUCCAAGGUAGUUAUUGGUGGUUUCGAGAUCGAAAAACCGGAAGACGACUCGUUCAACAAUCAAGCAGACAAAUCAGAAAAAAGAGUACCUCUGUACGUAUGCAGAGUAUUGCACACGACUGUCUGGGUGGCUGGUGCCCAAAGGGGUGACGAGCAACGAUGCACCGUGACGAUGCACGGUACCGUGCAGUCGUAUGAUAAAUACGACUUGCUCGAGAACGUGAACAAUGCAGCACGCAUCAACUGGGAGUACUUGGACAAAUACAAACCCACUCCGUUGGGAGCUGUAGCCACGGAGAAGAUGUUCGUCGCCCGGCACCUAGCCGGAACCCCCAAGAACACAUCGGCAGUGAGAUAUACCCAUUAUAUCGGCACCUUGACUACCAACGACAACAUUCUAGAGAGUAUCAGCUACGUGAAAGAUGAUGGUACAGAAGGAAUCGCAAAGAGUGGUGACGUUCUGGUCGAAACGGAACCUAUCUAUUAUAAUUUGACGAUGGUUAAAUUAAGUUGGCCUAAAAAACGAGUGACCAAAAUGUCAAGUAAUCCUUGUAUAUUUGAUAACGCGACGAUCGUCAAUAAUGGGCCGGAAGCUGCGAAAAUGGCAAAAGCUUUCACUUAUACGUAUAAUUAUUCUAUGUACUGGGGUCAAGGUCACGCCAUUCUAAAAGGCCUAAACACAUCAAUUAUAUUGAUGAAUGAAACGACUUUGCCACAAAUAAUGUGGGGCAUAAAGGAAACUAGUACUCGUACUGAUGCAUACACGGUAGAAAUAAUCCUCGAACCCGGUACAGGAAUAAACGUUACUCUAAAGGGUUAUUGUAUCGAUAUGGAAGUACCCUAUUCUGGAACCUUAAUUUCGCAUUACGAAGAUGGAGAGACAAAAUCUCGUGUGAUAAACGGUAUACGCAGCGAACAAACAAUAUAUGAUGUAAAACCCGAAUUUGGAUCUAUCUAUUUCCUUGGAAAUUACAGUUUAGUUCCUACAACCACCGCGCCACCAACAACGGAACCGAGCACUACUACUACUACCACAAUUUCUCAAAAUAUGAAUAAAGAUAUUCAUCGUGAUCAUAAUAUAGAUGAUAACGAAGAUCACGAUGAGAACAUGAUCAUACCACCGAAAAAAUCGGAUAUAUCUAAUAUGCAAAGUGACGACGGUGGACCGUUGUCAUUGAAAAAUAAAGUAGAAACGAUGCAUUCUGGAACAUCUCUGUUUAGAAUAAAUUUAGGGAUGUUUAUAAUUUCGUUAAUAAUUAUCGUCCAUAGAAUUACGUGAAAUAAUUAUAACUUUAAAAAUAUUUUAAUUAUUUAAGUUGCAAUAGUAAUAUAUUCGUAGAGAAAAACAUUGUCCAGAGAUUAUAAAAGAAAAUACACACAAAAAAAAGAAAAAAAAUAGCAUAAAAAAGAAAAAAAUAGAAGAACAAAUCACACCGAAAUAUUGCUGUAAUUUCAUACAUAUAGCGAGUGUGGAUAUGAAAUAAAAAAAAAGCUCCUUUGUUAUAAAUUGCUGAUCAGUCAGAAUGCCGUGUCAGAGCUGACAUAGUGCUUGCCUUUCAAAGAUGAAUAAAAAAUACUUCAUAUUUAAUAUAUAUAUACAUAAAAAUAUAUAUAUAUAUAUAUAUACACAU